ACCCCAUCCUGAAACUCGAUACUGAAGGGUAUUGAUAUAAAUGAAGAGAAACGCUCUACGGAAGAAAUCUCCUGCAGAUGCUCUCGGCAUAAGACCUUGGGCUCUGGACAAUAAUAAUAGCAGUGAUGCGCCGCAGUUGAAUUUACCUCGUGUCGAGACUCGGUUGGAAAUGCAUCAGACGAAUGGGUUAUUUGACUCGUUGACGACCGACCGGCGUGUUGUUUCGAAUCCGUCGUCUUCGCCUGGAGAGGGUGCCAACGGCGUCAAGUCGAAAAGUUCGAAUAAUGAUCUCUCCUCGGAAUGGACGUCGGCUGUCGGCCAUGCGAGUACGGGAAAAUCAGGACGGGUGAUUCAUAAUUUACAAGAAGAGAUUGCUCGCUUAACGAGGGAACUCAGCCUCUACCGGUCACGAGCAGAGGAAGCGCAGCAUAUCAACGAAACCCUAAAAGAGCAAAUAAUCAACAUCACCGAGCGAUUACGAAAUUCAGAGCAAUCCAACGAAACAAACCUUGCAUCCAUCUCACGGAAAGAUCGCAAGAUUGAAGAUUUGCGAACAGAAGUGCAGAAUGAAAAGGCCAGAAGGCUGAGGGCAGAGGCAGAAACAGCCAAGGUCAACCAACUCAUGUCAGAAGAACAAGACGGAUUCCAUCGCAGAUGUGCUGAGCUCCAAGAAGCGUCGAAUUAUAGUACGUCUCAGUAUGAGGCUUUGUCCAAGGCGUCGCAGAGGGAAAAGUCGGAUCUGCAGAGGAAAUUCAAGGGGAUAAAAGACGAACUCGCGUCGCUGCGUGAGCAGGCAGAGCUCAAGGAUAGGGAACAGGAGCGUCUGGAUGCGUUGAUUGAUCGACAGAAUCAGGAACUGGAGACGGAAAGACGUCGUAUACAGGAGAUUUUCACGGCAUAUGAUAAUUAUAAGACUUCGCGGGAUCGCGAGUUUGAGGAUUUGGUGGCCAAGGGACGCCGAAAUCAAGCCAAUGUCGACGCAGCUGUUGCGUCGCUCAAGGAGACCGAGGAUAAAAUGAAGUGGGUGAUGCAUGUCAAGAAGGACAUCCCAUGGGCCGAAUAGCCUGUCUCCUUUCUGUCAUGGCCUUGAGGUGUCUGUCAGUUUCAACAUAUCUCUCCCCUCGACUCAUACACAUACCCAUUACACAUACCCAUACCCAAACAUCAUCUCGGAUGCUCAAUUGCUCCAUAUACUACAAGCACUUCACCACUUAUUCAACACUAAUCACAUUAUUCACCUCGAUACCCUUUAUCUUUCAUGGUCAUGGCGUUGGUUGUUUAUUCUGUUGCAUGUCCCUGGGACUUCGAGGCUUAUUUUACAUAUUAUGAUUGUUGCAGCCUACCUGUACGAUGUUUGUUGAUUACUGAUUCACACUGAAUAUAA